GCCCGCCGGACAAAGCCCGAGAGCCCGCGCCCAGAGCCAUGUCCUCGUCCGCCGGCAGCGGCCACCAGCCCAGCCAGAGCCGCGCCAUCCCCACCCGCACCGUGCCCAUCAGCGACGCCGCGCAGCUACCUCAUGACUAUUGCACCACGCCCGGGGGGACGCUCUUCUCCACCACGCCGGGAGGAACCCGAAUCAUUUAUGAUCGAAAGUUUCUGUUGGAUCGUCGCAAUUCUCCCAUGGCUCAGACCCCGCCCUGCCAUCUGCCCAAUAUCCCAGGGGUCACCAGCCCUGGCACCUUAAUCGAAGACUCCAAAGUAGAAGUAAACAAUUUGAAUAACUUGAACAAUCAUGACAGGAAGCAUGCAGUUGGGGAUGAUGCUCAGUUCGAGAUGGACAUCUGACCGCCUGCAGGAGCGGCAGGAGAGCAGCAGCGCCGAGGCCGGGCGCACUGGAUUGGGCCCAUCAGAUCAACAACGAACGGACAGAAGGGGCAGCCAGCAGUCCCAUCGCAGCCCCCAAGUCCCCCUCUUCCUUGCUCUGGGUGCCAAAUGAUGCGCAGAUGAGCUUCAUCUGACCGUUUCCUCUCCCUCUUUCCUGUCCCCCUUCCCAGUUACACAGAUUCCAUCCAAGGUCCUUAGCAUAUUUCCGUAGACCUAAGCAGCCCACAGAGGAAAACAGUUAAACUCUGGCUUCCGUAGUCAUUUGAGAAAGACAGUUGAGAAAAACCUAGCCUCCCCGCACUCCCUCCACCCCACCCCCCAUUUUUUAAAAUCCCAAAUCAAAUAUCAGCCUGCCCACAAUUGCUUGGCUGGGAAGUCUGGGGAAGUGACACGGGUAUGGUGGGUUCGGCACUGUCCACGUCCUGACCCCCGCCUGCCCUCCCUGUCUCCCCGCUGUGGUUCAGAGCUGCAGGAGUCUGGGUCUCAGGUCUUCACAGCCGUCAGAGGGGGUGAGAAUGGCGAGAGCCACUCUCCUCGUCCCUUGAGACAUUUGUCCUUUGGGUCAGAGUGUGGUUUGUACAGCUCUGCUGGCAUCACCCUGCCACGCUUUCUGAGACCCGCUUCGGCCCGCUCCCCCUCCUUCCUCCGGCACGAAUGUCUUCUGUCUUUAAUGUUCGAGUGCCGCUUCCCAGUCCUUCACUUAGCACAUCUGUGCAGAAAAGUGUGGGCCCCACCUGAGCGGGGAGUCCUCGGGAAGCAGCGGGGCUCUCCUCUCCUCCCUCCCUGCUAGCGUCCCACUGCCUGCUGUCCCAUUGUAUCUGAGCCCCCCGGGUGAUUCUGCCGCUCCUGCAACGGGCCUGUCCAAGCGACGGGCGCUUUGGGGGAGGGAGGCCUGGUCAUAGCGGUCUGCUGGGUGAUCCUGCAGAAUGACCUGGGGAGCGUGCUGAACCGGGUGGGUACUCGGCCUCAGCAGUCCUUGCUUCCUCGUCCCCUGAGCUUCGAGAUACUCGCUGUCUCUGACCGCAGGGUCUUAUAUUUUGAGUUUAAAAGAUGACUUUCAGAAUGCUCUUGGAAGAGAGCCAAACUUUUUUCCUUUGUGGACCUGCCGAGACUGCUGGGAUGGAGAAGCACCGGCUCGAAAGUGGGUUCUCCCCAUUCUCUUGCCUUCCCCGUCGUACUCAGAGUUGUCCCUCUCCUCUCCCUCCCUCCGUCUGUCCCUCCCUCCCACCUCUCUCUCUGCCAGGCCAUUUUUCAAGUACACAUCAAAGAUACCUCAAGCGUUGGUAUCUGAUAAUAUCUCACUCCUCUUAUCUGAGGAGUGAUCUUUUAUUUUUAAGAUGACUACAGACCUAUUUUUAGAUAUGUUUUCAAUACGAUUUUGAGCAGCAACUUUUUAAUUACACAUCUUCGGUAUUAGGAAGGUGAGAAAUGUCCACGGGCGAGUCUGCUGUUCCACGUCACCAUCCUUUGUCCCCCCCCGAGUCCCUGACGAGCUCUUUGCUUCUCCCUCUAGUUUUGGGUGUGCAUGUUUGCAGUUUGUAGCGGGUGGUGUGUCAUACUGGACCAUUCUGCCUUGCCGUGGCUUGUUCACCAGAACCUCGUUCUUUCCCCCUCCCCUUUGCUUUUUCAUGUCCCCACCACGACCCUCCCAACCGUUGACUGGUACAGUAAUCCCGGGAGAGUGACACCCCCCACCCCCGCCCCACCCCCAUAGAAAGACUAACACCUCUGUCCUCCUGGAACGACAAGUAAAGUAGCCGCUGGUGUUCUGGGAAUUUCUGGUUGCAUUCGGUGCCCUGAACCCUCUCAUUGAGAGACCACAUCCCAGGGUGAUAGUAACAGGCCAACCGACUAAGAAAGCGAGCUGUUUGUUUUUCGUUUGAACUAUGAAAAGACCCUGUUUCUGAACACCUUUUAGACAGAAGAAAGGAAGGCUGUCCAGGGAACUUUGUUCUGUUUUCUACUACAAAAUGUGAGUAGUUCAGAGUGACCCUUUUGUGAUGGUUGAUGUUUCUCAGGAAUAAGCUGGAUCUCCAAAAUUUGGGGGAUGUUUUCAAUCUCAAAAAUUGAUGAUCAAAAAAAGUAUUUUCUUGUUGGUUUCAUGUAUCCCUAUUCUGAUUGUAAUUAAACUCCCAAAUUUCACUUUCCAUACUCUCGGCAAACCUUCAGUUGCACUGUCAUUUGCGUGAGAAGCUUGCUCAGGAACCCAUAGUCCGCUGGGAGCUCGAUUCUUUGGGAAUGAAGCUUCUUGUCCUUCAUAGCUGGCUUUGGCAUUCCACGGAACCCAGCUCCAACUCCAGCUAGUCAGGCAGUGAGCAGAAAAGCGCUCCUUCUCGAUCUUGCUUGCUACACAUGAAAAUCUGGCGGCCUCGCUGAGCAGCAGGGAGUGGAUUUGAAACAUGCCAGCUUCGGUAAUGUCAAGGCGUCGUUUCCCCCUUUUCUGCCAUCUUGGGGAAUUUCUGCACAUGGCUCCCUAAUCGGAGGCCAUCUUUCUAGUUUUUGAGGGAAUGUCAGCUGUAUGUAGAGCAGCGGCCCACUCCUUCAGCCUUUUCUGUGAGGACCUCCUUACUGGUUGGUGUCCUUUCCUGGGGGCCACUGCUGUGGGACAUACUUGGACCUCCACAAAUCUGCAUUUUAAAGAUAGUUUCACAAGGCAGCAGAUGAACUUGUAACAGACGACACCUUGGUACCAGGCCUCAUGGAGUGAUUUUUUUUUUUUCAGGGCAAGCCAGAUCCAGAAGAAUGAGUAAUCUCUUCUGGCUUUCUCUUGGGGAAGGAGAACCCUUUGGGGACCAUCUGAGUGAGAUGGUUCUUAAAAUCUUAGUGAUCAUUUGUUCUUUUUAUGACGAGACUAUGUUUCUGUACCCCUGAGGACAGUCCAUCGCAGUGAGAAAUGACCUCGUUCCUCCAAAUUCAAGCAGGAGUCAUGCAUUGUCUUGGUCUGUCUUUACAAUGUAGUUUGGUGAGAUCACCACGUCUUUGUAUUCUGUUUAAAUAGCUAAAGUUCUCCAGAGCACACUGUCUUGCAGCUGGCUUCUUGGUAUUGGGCUGUCAAGCCGAGAGGUUGUCGUUCGCCUGUAUUUGUUUUCUAUUGCUGUGUAACAGAUUACCCCCAAACUUUAAAUCUCGAAAGGCAAACGUUUUCUGUCAGCUUCUGGAGGUUAGAAAUGGGAAGCAGCUUAGCAUGAUGGCUCUGGCACAGGGUCACCGGAAGUGGCCGCCCAGAUGUUGGCAGGGUUUGCAGUCAUCUCACUGGGGCUGGAGAAUCCCCUUCUGCGCGUGUUCUUUGUGGCUCUUGGGGCCACAAAGGAGGAUGACUUCGAUCUCUCCGUACGGGUCCCUGUGUAGAGCAGCAUGAGGGUCCUCGCACCAGAGCAGCUGGCUACCCCUGAGCAGGGGGCCCCAGGGAGAAGGGCAAGGAGGAGUCUGCAGUGCCUUUCAUGACAGUCCUGUGGCCCUUAGAAGCAAGCUCCUAUGCCUGGCCGACAGUGGUGCAGUAUCUGAGAACGUGGGGGCUCUAUCUUAAAACCAACGGGGUUUUAAGUCAGUCCAGCGGGGGGAAGGUAAAACUAGAUACCACAGAGAGAUAGCUUGCUACUGCCAUGUCCAAACUGAAUAGAAGACAGACGCUCUCUUGUUUCCCCAAAGCCACCUGCAGGUUUGGAGAGCGGUGGCAAGAAAUGAUGAUUCCCAAGAGAAUGAAAAGAGCUCUACAUUUGCCUGGCUGCCGGCAGGGCAAGGACGCCUUGGGCCAGCACCCCCAUCUUUGCCUCUCCCUGGGCCAGGAACCGACAAAGGGAACUGGAUCCUCCUAACUGAGCCACGAAAGCAGACUCCAUUGGAGUCAGGGUUGUUAAACCGAAGGAGGGUAUGUGAAGGAGGUGUUGGGUUAGCGGCCGAAUAAAAGCUUCACGGUUGAGAUUCAGAGGGAAGUCGAUUGCAGCUGUGCCAUGCCCCUGGCCGAGUCGAGGUUGGCACCUGCUCUCUGCAGCUAUACCAGCCGAAGCACGUUCCGGUCGGCUCUCUCCCCCGGGAAGCCACCAAUGCAAUUCAGUAGGGAACAUCUGGGAAUUAGAAAUGUCUGCUGGUGCUUCAUCGUGCCUCUAAAUCCGGUGUGUGUCUUAACUGGGUGCCCACCUCGGCCUGGGCUUCCUGACGGAUACGUGUUCUUAAAGAGAACUGGUCCGCGCUUCACCCGUGAAAGAAACCUAGAUGACCCCAGUCAGUUGAACACUAAGUUUUAGGGAACGUCUGCCGGGUGUCUGGCGCCCGUGCUGAACCAUGUUUUAGAGACUUGAGAUCGCUUCCAGACACAUAGUCCUGUCUAGCUUUAUGCUCUGCCUCUUCCCAGUGUUUUCUUCUCUGUAGCACUGCUUGGUUAAGCGUGAACUUGACCAAGAAGCAUUGCUGCUGAGGCAGCCUGGAGAACAAGGCACUUCCCUCCACAAGUAUGGACUCCUUCACACCACUUUCCCAUGAAUUGCCUUUUUCCUUCUGAUUUUGAGGCAGAGUCAAAAUAGAUGGGUCUUUUGUUUUUUGUUGUUGUUUGUGCUCCCAGCUUUUUGGGACCAUCUGACCUCUUGGGUUCAGACGUCUGCAGUAGCACACAGCCUGCUGCCUGUGCGGGUUUCACCCCAGAGCCUUUUGUUCAGCCGCACACGCUGUGUGCCUGCGUGCGGUCAAGGCAGCUGGUAGUGCUGGAGCAAGAUCCCAGAAACGGACUUUUUAUUCAUUCUCUGCUUCUUGGAUAUUCGAUGGCGUGUCAAGCAUCUUGGCUGCUUGAAGCCAGGGCCCUGGGCCCUUGGAGUUCUCCUGCAGAGAGGUGGUCAGUCUGCUGCCUCUGCAUCUGGGCCAGAGCUUGCCUGUCUCGGCAUGUCUCUAGACUUAGAAUAGCAGCUGUGUAUCAAUCUGCGAAACCCAAUCACUUACCCACCCAUGGCAUCUGGGCACGGGUAAUCAUUUUAAAGAAGCAUGGUUUCUUUGGCAGGGCAGUUUUCUGUCCGGACUUUGAAAGGGGUGUGGUUAACCAUACACCCCCAUCCCCGUGUCCUUACCUCAGCUUUUAAUAAAGGAUGAAAUCAGAUCUUGAAGCAACCGGGUCACAAUUCUUUUGAAUGCUUCCACCCCAGGGGCAUUUCCUGUUCUAGUAAGGAUUUUCCAGUUUAGCACUGAGGUUUCCUUGAGGCUAGCUCAGGAAUUUCUUAGGAAAGGCUUGAAGGAGAGGGAUGCAAACUGAUUUUUUUCAAGCAUUCAUUCAUGUCACCUUUCCCACCCCUGGAAUUUAAAUCUCUUUCUCUGGGCUGGACCUAGAAAUGAAUACCUUGUGGCAAAACUAGGUUGAAGAGGUCUCAAGUUCCUGUUCAGAGGGCCUGUGGUUUCUCUUCGCUUAACCUCUGUCUGCAGCCCUGGCCCCCCGGCCAUGCAGUGUGGAUGGCCAGGGGGAAAUGAAACGCAUUUCCUGGGGUAUUAAAUUCUUUGCCACCUUUGUAAGAGUGGGGCACUGACAGAUGUCGCAGUGUUUGAUCAUCAUGUGGCCGUGCCGAAAUUUCCAGAGGGGGCUCUUGCUGGUGCUUACCCCCCAAAUUCCUGGACACUUCUAACUCAGUUCAAUGAAUAUAGCACAGAACAGCCAAUCUUGCCCCUGGUGUAGCCCCUUCCUCUCCUUCUUAAUCUUUAAAAACAAACAAAAAACCAAGUCCAGGCCAAGGGUAAUUUUUACUUGAAACCAGGAGGGUUGGGGAGGAACAUGAGCUAAGGACCGGUGCUCCGAGUAAGCCAUCUUGCUCCUGGUGGCCGGGUCCAGAUCACUGAGUACUAUGAGCCAGUGCCUUUCCCUCCCCUGAACACAACCCGCCUCUUCCCACCUGGGUACCCCAGGGGCAAGCCUCAAAGGAGGCAUCUUGGAAAGCCCUGAGGACACUCACAUAUCCAGGGGUCCAUUUUAAGCAUCUUUAAUAAGAUAUUUUCUGUAUAAAACAAAUGCCCUUUCCUGUCUUGGUGCCACCAGUGGCCCAGUUCCAACCACUGAAUGGAAAAGUGGAGACUGCCAGUACUUCUUGGUCUUCCCUUCAUGCCCUUUGACGUGGUUGUCCCCCAUCUGUCCCGUCCAUUUCACCGUCCUGGAUGGGGAGCAGAGGACGCCAUGUGGUCUCGAGGCAGUCCUCUGUGAGCCUGUGAUCACUCUUGUUGGUUUUGGUUUUGGUUUUGGUUUUUGUAACUGUCCUAAACCAGCAGGUGUUUGGAAAUUAGGGAAAAAAUUAAAUUCUCACCAAUGGUUGCUGUUACAGUUAAAUCAAUAAAGAUCUUGAAUAUCAA